AUGAAUACAACCAAUAUUGAUCAAUAUUUAGAUUCUAUUACAAAUUAAGAUUAAUUACUUUUGAUUUAAAACGUAGUGAAUUGCUUUAAGGACCCAAGAGAGGAAAUUAAAUAAGUUGGAGAAUAAUUAAUGAAAUAAUUAGAAUAGAGAGUAAAACAAUAAAAUUAAAAUCAAAAUCAAAAUGCCUAUGAAGAACAAAAGGAAUCACUUAAGGAACCGAUUUUAUACAAAAAAAAAAAGAUGGGUGUCUCUAUUUUAUCACUUGACGGAAGUUUCAUUUUAACUGACAAAGAAACAACCCAAAUGUUGGAAUGGUAGUUCAACAAAAAUAAAUAAAAAAGAUUAUAAGACUCUUGCGCUGAUGCUGGUAGAACUAACCUAUAUAAGUAAAUCAAGAGCGAGGAUUAAUUACUUGCAACAGAUGAAAACGAAAAAACUAUCAAAAUGACAAUUUAUUCAGAAUUAAUGAGAAAGAAGGGUAUGAGAUGGCUGAGUACAAAAUGGUCAGAGAAGAUACCAAUAGAUCGUAUAAAAGAAUCCCUAAAAGAGAUCUAAGGUUUCAAUAAAUAUGACAAAAUGAGAUUUAAAUUUCUAAAAACUUUAUCAAUAGAACUAAUAAGAGGAAGGAUCUAUAAAAAACGUUUGGAUAAGAAGAGUGAUAAUUAAGACAUUUUGACUCGGCCUCAACUAGAAUACAUCUCUAGAAAGUCAGCCGAUUUAGAUGAUUUUUUGAUUUGUAAAAUUACAAAUGAUGAUACAGUUGAAUAAAUAGAUGAAAGUGAUAUGGCAAAUGAUAAAAUCCUUGCAAUUAAAGAAAUUAAGUGGUAAGAGAAGGUGAAUUCUUUCAAGGAAAAUAAAAAUAAAAUUGAAAAGCAGUUAGAAAAAAUUGAAAAGCAGUAAGACAAAUUUGAAGAGCAAUAAGAAAAAAUUGAAAAGCCGUAAAAAAAAAUUAAAAAGCUGUAUAAAAAAAUAAUGUAGCAAUCUGAGAAUAAAGUUAGUCACACGAUUGAUUUUCAAUUAUUUUCUGAAAGCUUUCAACAUGAAUAUAAUUCCUACGCUUAAAAUGCCUUAGCUGAUAAACAUUUAUUGAUAUGA